AUGCAUAACUCCAAGGCCUGGAUAACGAAAGCUCUGACCCUUGAAUGGUUCCUCCAUUGCUUCAUUCCCCAGGUGAAGCUGUAUCUGGCUGAAAAGGGCCUCCCCUUUAAGGUCCUUCUCCUGAUGGACUGUGCAGAAGGCCAUGCAACGGACCUACAAUAUGACGGUGUGCAGAUAGAGAUUUUAACCCCGAACACUACAUCUCUAACUCAGCCGAUGGAUCAAGGAGUAAUUCGUGCCUUUAAGGCACUUUACACUCCCUCUACAAUCGAGGGCCUCAUCUUGGCAUUUUACAAUGCCAAUGACGAAUUCAGCUUAAAAGCAUACUGGGGCAGUUACAACAGUGACUCAUGUUUGUCUAAUAUUCAUAAUAUUCAGGGAGUACUAAAGGACAUGAAGAGUGAGACCAUAAAUUCUAGCUGUAAGAAGUUAUGGCCAAACAGGGUGCACGACUAUCCAAGCCUCACUCCUGAAGAAGUUCAUCACUCAGCUGUGAAGAAGGCGGUGAGGCUGGCUCACAGCAUAAGGAAUGCAGGAUUUGGCGACAUGACAAAAGAAGACAUCAGCGCUCUUAUCGAUUACCACUCGGUCCCACUGGCCGAUGAAGACCUCUUUGAGAUGACAAAGUGA